AUGCCUUCAAAAAACUUAAGUGUUGGUAUUUUUUAGCUAAAUAAGAAUUUGAUAUAAAUAGAGCUAGAGAAAAAAAUAUAAUAUUUUAACAUAUUUUUAUUUUGCUCUUAAAGUAAGCAAAUAAUAAAUUCAUAAACAUCAUUUUCAGAUGGUGUUUAUGCCUUUGGAGAUGUAAAUUACUAUGAAAACAUACCACUUGAGAGAGAUGUAGUUCCUUACUCAGGAAACAAUAUAUAGAUCAUUAUUUCUAGAUGUUCAAAAGAGUUUUUGAGAGAUUAAUAUGAAAGAUGCGCUACUUAAGAUGAAAUUUAUAGCUUAAUGCAAGAGUAUGAAUUAUCUUUAAUAGUAAGUGUCCUUGAUAAAAGUUUUUCUAUUAGAGAAAAUAAAUUUAAAGAUAGAUUUUUUUCAACUCUAAGCUUAUUUAAUAACCAGUAAAAAUCUUUUGGAAAUGCUAUUUUGAAAAUUUAGGAAACAGAAAUACAAAAAGGACUAUUCUUUUAAAAAUCUGAAAAACAUAAAUAAAUAAGUAAUUUAAAUUUUUAAACCUUUUCAGGAAAAAUAUUUGAUAAUGAUACCCAUUAUGCUGAAGUAGUAGUUUAAUUAGAUAACGAGGUUAGAUAAACUAAAAUUUAAUACCCUCAGAUUCCUGAAAUAUUAGCUUAAGUAUGGGGUAUAGCUUCUAUACUUUUGCUUGCAGGAUAUAUUUUUAAAUUUAUUGCUUAAGCUACUCUUGCAUAAGACUUUUUGAGUAUACAGCUGAAAUAUUACUAUAAAAAAACUGCUUUGAAAGUUUUUGGAAAAAAUGAUAAUACUAAAUAGAAUGAAAACAAUUAAGAUUCUCAUCAAUAAGCAGAAGCUGUGAUAAAAUAAAAUGAAGAAAUAUAAAGCGCAAGUUUUAAAAAAAACUUGAAAAAAUAUUUCCAAAUAUCAAACUGUUAAAAGUAAGUCUAAUAUUAUUGA